GCCCGGCUCUUCUUCCCCGUGGGCGGGUGGCCCUGGCAGCCAUGGUGCGGAACGUGGACGACCUGGACUUCCGCGUGCCCUCGCACGCCCAGGACAUGCUGGACGGCCUGCAGCGGCUGCGCUCCCAGCCCAAGCUGGCCGACCUCACGCUGCUGGUGGGUGGCCGGGAGCUGCCCUGCCACCGCGCCCUCCUGGCGCUGAGCAGCCCCUACUUCCACGCCAUGUUCGCGGGCAACUUCGCCGAGAGUUUCUCGGCGCGAGUGGAGCUGCGGGACGUGGAGCCCGCCGUGGUGGGGCAGCUGGUGGACUUCGUGUACACGGGCCGGCUGACCGUCACGCAGGGCAACGUGGAGGCGCUGACGCGCGCGGCCGCCCGCCUGCACUUCCCCGCCGUGCAGAAGGUCUGCGGCCGCUACCUGCAGCACCAGCUGGACGCCACCAACUGCCUGGGCAUCUGCGAGUUUGGGGAGCAGCAGGGGCUGCCGGGCGUGGCCGCCAAGGCCCGGGCCUUCCUGCGGGAGAACUUCGAGGCCGUGGCCCGGGAGGACGAGUUCCUGCAGCUGCCCCGGGACCGGCUGGCCACCUGCCUGGCCGGCGAGCUGCUGCAGGUGCAGCCGGACCAGAGCCGGCUGGAGGCCCUGCUGCGCUGGGCGCGUCACGACCCUCAGGCCCGGGCCGUCCACCUGCCCGAGCUGCUCAGCCUGGUGCGCCUGGACGCCGUGCCCAGGCCGCGCGUGCAGCACCUGCUGGCCACGGAGCCGCUGAUCCGGGGCUCGGAGGAGUGUCGGGUGGCCCUGUCCCAGGGUCACGACGAGGCGCUGCCGGGCCUCCCGCAGAAGCUGCAGGAGGUUCUGGUGGUUGUGGGCGGGCGGGCACUGGAGGAUGAGGAGGGGGCCGAGGAAGCCACCCCUCACGGCAGGAACUUCGCCUUCUACGACACCAAGGCCAAGAAGUGGAUGGCGCUCCCAGACUUCCCCGACUACCACAAGUGGGGCUUCUCCCUGACGGCACUCAACAACACCGUCUAUGUCACAGGUGGCUCCCGGGGCACCAAGACAGACACCUGGUCAACCACCCAGGCCUGGUGCUUCCCUCUGAAGGAGGCAGCCUGGAAGCCAGUGACACCCAUGCUGAAGGCCCGCACGAACCACGCCAGUGUGGCGCUCAACGGGGAGAUCUAUGCCAUCGGCGGGACCACUCUGGACGUGGUGGAGGUGGAGAGCUACGACCCCUACACAGACACCUGGACGCCCAUCAGCCCGGCCCUCAAGUACGUCAGCAACUUCUCCGCGGCCGGCUGCCAGGGCAGGCUGUACCUGGUGGGCUCCAGCGCCUGCAAAUACAACGCCCUGGCCCUGCAGUGCUACAACCCUGUCACAGACUUGUGGAGCGUGAUCGCCUCGCCCUUCCUCCCCAAGUACCUGUCCUCGCCCCGCUGCGCCGCACUGCAGGGGACUCUCUACCUGGUCGGUGACAACACCAAGAAGGUCUACAUGUACGACCCCGGGGCCAACCUGUGGCAGAAGGUGCAGUCCCUGCACAGCCUGCACGAGAACGGUGCGUUGGUGCCGCUGGGUGACACGCUGUACGUGACGGGGGGCCGCUGGCAGGGCGUGGACGGCGACUACCACGUGGAGAUGGAGGUCUACGACCGCGGGCGGGACGCCUGGACCCACCACGGCGCCCUGCCCCGCCUCUGGCUCUACCACGGGGCCUCCACCGUCUUCCUGGACGUGUCCAAGUGGACCCAGCCCUUCAGCCCCACCCAGGAGCACUGAGCAGCUCUGGGUCGGACGGGGGGUGGGGGUGGG